CAUCCACCCAUCUCUUCUUCUUCUUCUUCUUCCAGUGCUCAUCAACAAUGGCUAUCUCUUUGCUUUCCAAGUUCUCUACUCAAACCCUACUCAUUGCGUCCAUUUUCGUAGUUUCAGCUCUGGGUCACGAUUUCUCCAUCGUGGGCUAUUCGCCGGAAGAUUUGGGUUCUGCCGAUAAACUCAUCGAGCUCUUCGAGUCAUGGAUAUCGAAGCACGGAAAAAUCUACGAGUCCAUCGAGGAGAAGCUAAUGAGGUUCGAGGUUUUUAAGGAUAAUCUUAAACACAUCGAUAAGAGGAACAAGGAAAUCAGUAGCUACUGGCUGGGGUUGAAUGAGUUCGCUGAUUUGAGUCAUGAUGAGUUCAAGAAAAUGUAUUUGGGACUCAGACCAGAUGUUAGACGAAAAUCCCAGUCGACUAAAGACUUUAGUUAUGGCGAUGUGGUUGAGUUGCCCAAAUCCGUUGAUUGGCGAAAUAAAGGAGCUGUCACUCCGGUCAAGAACCAAGGCUCUUGCGGUAGCUGUUGGGCAUUUUCAACAGUAGCAGCAGUGGAGGGCAUAAACAAGAUUGUGACCGGCAACUUAACGUCGUUAUCGGAGCAAGAGCUGAUCGACUGCGACACAUCGUUCAACAAUGGGUGCAACGGAGGUCUGAUGGAUUACGCAUUCCAGUUCAUCAUCGCCAAUGGCGGACUCCAUAAAGAACAAGACUACCCUUACCUAAUGGAAGAAGGCACCUGCGAAGAAAAGAAGGAAGAAAUGGAAGUGGUGACCAUCACUGGUUACCAUGACGUCCCUGAAAACGACGAGCAAAGUCUGUUGAAAGCUUUGGCUCAUCAACCGCUCAGUGUCGCCAUUGAAGCUUCCGGCAGAGAUUUCCAGUUCUACAGUGGGGGUGUAUUCAACGGGCCAUGUGGAACAGAGCUGGAUCAUGGGGUGGCAGCCGUAGGGUACGGAACAACAAAGGGGUCAGAUUACAUAAUAGUGAAGAACUCGUGGGGAGCCAAAUGGGGAGAAAAAGGGUUCAUACGGAUGAAGAGGAACACCGGCAAAGCUGAAGGCCUUUGUGGUAUCAACAAAAUGGCUUCUUAUCCCACCAAGAAAAACUGAUCUUCAACUUUGAUUUCUUCCUCUUUUUAAGCUUUUUUUAUUUUUCUAUGCUCACAAAAUUUGCUGCCCAAUGUCCCUUUGCUUAUAAUAAAAAUUCCUCGUAAUUUCGUUUUAAA